CAGCGGGCACCGGGCCCCCAGGCAGGGCGGUGGGCAUCGAGUCGUCUGGCAAGACUGCGGGCACCGAGUCAUCUGGCAAGACUGCGGGUACCGAGUCGUCUGGCAAGACUGCGGGCACCGAGUCAACUGGCGAAACAGUGGGCACCGAGUCAACUGGCGGAACAGCGGGCACCGAGUCGUCUGGCAAGACUGCGGGCACCGAGUUGUCUGGCAAGACAGCGGGCACCGAGUCAUCUGGCAAGACUGCGGGCACCGAGUCAACUGGCAAGACUGCGGGCAUCGAGUCGUCUGGCAAGACUGCGGGCACCGAGUUGUCUGGCA